CGCUAGGCCACCCCCACCGCCCUUUUUAUUUCUUCUCCCUCUUCUUCUUCCUUCUGUCUUCUCCCUUCAGAAGUUUAAACACAACACGGCCUCUCUUUCGUAGAAACUUCUUCCUCCUUUACUUGUAACCCGACCAGGCCACCAAACAGAGACGACCCGAUUCAAACACUUGCAUUGUUCUCCAGUCUGUCUUGUUUAUGUAUAUGUAUGUAGGUUAACUACGCCUUUGAGUUUCAUCUUAUUUUAAGGUUGAGGCUGUUUACUUUAUUUACACACUCCCUCCCUCAACCGAAAUCCCUCCUGCUCCUCCUCCUCCUAUAUUAAGAAGCACGAAUUCCAACGCAGAAAGCCAAUUCCAAGAUGAUAGAUAGUCUUUGUUUAACGCCGGUUAUACCCGGAAUAGCUCCUACGAUCACAGCGAUCGACGUCCGUGCGAACCCGUCGUUGGUGAGCGCGUUGGGCAGGUCUGCCGUCGACAACAAUCACAAGAGAAUUACCACGAGGUUUUCCUUCAAGUACCCUUUGAAAUCUCUCUGGCCCGGCGCCGGAAGAUACAAUGGCUUGCCUCUCGACGACGCCGUUCCGUUGGCCCAGGAAGAGGAGUGCCAAACCCAAACUCAAACCCAGAGUGGGAACUGGGUUUUAAAGAUUUUACAUGUCAGGUCUCUCUGGGGAGGAGGUAAGGCAGAGCUGCCCGGGGAAGACCAAGUCGCUGAAGCCGCCGCCUCCUCCGAUGACAGAAAUGGUGAUGAAGACGAAAAUGACGACAAGUGUGACUGUUGCAGAAUCGAACAACAAGAUGAUCAUCAACAACAACAGGUUGAGUUUGAUAGAGAUUCCUUUUCCAGAUUGCUGAGGAAAGUUUCAUUGGCUGAAGCCAGGCUAUAUGCUCAAAUGUCUUAUUUGGGCAACUUGGCUUACUCCAUUCCCAAAAUCCAGCCACAAAAUCUCUUGAGAGGUUAUGCCCUCCGCUUUGUUACUUCUUCAAUAGAAAAGAAGGAACUCGCUGCUAAUAUUGAGAAGUGCCAAGAGUCGGCUGCAGUUGAAGAAACCGAAGGCACCCUAAAGGAACACAUGGGAGAAGACAAGGAAGGGAAGGAGCAGAAGAACAAUGGAUACAGGAUAAGUCCCUCUGCUGCUUAUCAUAUUGCUGCCUCUGCAGCUUCUUAUCUGCAUUCCCAUACAAGGAGCAUACUUCCAUUCAAAUCUUCAAAAAAUGAGACUGAUCAAGUUUUAUCAGAAGAAAGCAGAGGAAGAGACAACGUUGUGAAUAUGAUGAACUCAGACAUGGCUUCUUUAAUGGCAACCACAGACUCAGUAACUUCUGUUGUUGCGGCAAAGGAAGAAGUGAAGCAGGCUGUCGCUGAUGAUUUAAACUCAACACAUUCAUCCCCGUGCGACUGGUUCAUAUGCGAUGAUGAUCAAAGUGCCACCAGAUUCUUGGUUAUUCAGGGGUCUGAAUCUCUGGCAUCCUGGCAAGCAAAUCUACUUUUCGAACCCAUUCAGUUUGAGGGACUGGAUGUGCUUGUGCAUAGAGGCAUAUACGAGGCUGCUAAAGGGAUUUAUGAACAGGUGUUACCUGAAGUUCAAGCUCACCUCAAAUCUCACGGUGACAAAGCAACCUUCCGUUUUACUGGGCACUCAUUAGGGGGUAGUUUAGCCCUACUGAUAAACCUCAUGCUACUUAUACGGGGUGAAGUGCCAAUUUCUUCAUUACUUCCUGUUAUAACUUUCGGUUCACCAUCCAUCAUGUGUGGAGGUGAUCAACUGCUUCACCAACUUGGGUUAGCACAGAGUCAUAUUCAGGCAAUAACAUUGCACAGAGACAUUGUACCCCGGGCAUUCUCUUGCAAUUAUCCUAAUCAUGUAGCAGAACUUCUCAAAGCUAUAAAUGGGAACUUCCGGAAUCAUCCCUGCCUUAAUAACCAGAAGCUACUGUAUUCUCCAAUGGGGGAGCUGUUGAUUCUUCAACCGGAUGAGAAAUUCUCCCCAAACCAUCAUCUUCUGCCUUUAGGCAGUGGUUUAUACGUCCUAAACGGUGAUGCCAAUGAUGCCGAAAAGCAGGUGCAUGCUGCAAAGUUGGUAUUCUUAAACUCACCACAUCCACUUGAAAUCUUAAGUGAUCGGUCUGCAUAUGGUUCAGAAGGAUGUAUUCAAAGAGAUCAUGACAUGAACUCUUACUUCAAAUGUAUCCGUGGGGUGAUUCGACAAGAGCUCAACCAUAUAAGGAAGGCCAGAAGACAGCAGAGGCACAAGGUUUGGUGGCCCUUCGUUUCAUCUCGGGGUGUGGAUCUUGGAAUCAUUGUGGGAAGGCCUUUCGCAACAAUGAAGCAGGGCCAGUACCAGGUCAACUUUUCAGGUGUGUUACAAAAUGGGAAAGAGUCCUUGAAACGGUUCAGUAGACUGGUUGCAUCGCAGCUCAUGCAUUUGUUUGUGGUGCUUUUGGUACCUGCACGACUCAUACUGUUGGGGGCAUAUAGCGUGAUUGGUUUCCCCUGAUGAGUACAAGUUUGUUGCAUGAAUGAGCCAUGUUUCUCUUUGUUUUUGGUACAUAGUUGGACCGGUGGUGGCACAUUGCUGGCAGGAAAAUUAGACCAUUCUUUAUUCAUUGUAUUUUUUUUUUCUAGAAAAGCAAAAGGUUAGUAUCGAAAGGACUCGGGGGUUUUAUCCCCAAGAUUUGGUAAAUGUAGAAAUAUGUAAAGGGCCGCAAUAGAGGCAUCAAUGGAAAAUAUUACUUGCACUCAAGAUAAUCCAAACUUGUUUUUUUC